GAGAAUUGUACUGUUAGUGACAUCAGUUCCACAACUGCCUUCGCCAACACCCUAACCAUUCCACCAUGUACAAGUUUCUCAUCCUCGUUGCUCUCUUCACUGUUGCUGCCGCUGAUUCGUACAAGGCUGAGGAAUACGCACCUAAAUACGAGGCCCCCGUGACAUACGCACCUCAGCCCUAUAGUUUUGGUUACGAGGUCCAGGAUAAGGAAUCCUACAACGAUUUCGACCGCGCUGAGAAAUCUGAGGGAAAGGUCGUUACCGGCUCUUACCGUGUCGUCCUCCCCGACGGCCGCACCCAAAUCGUCACCUACAAGGCCGACGAGAACGGUUACAAUGCUGUUGUGAAAUACGAAGGCGAGGCUAAAUAUCCCGAAUACAAAGCUGCUUCGUACGCAACCCCUACCUACACUACUCCGGCCUACCCCACCCCAGCUGAAUAUUAAAGAGUAUUCCAUGAUGUAAUUUGAAUGUUUAUGUAAUUUAAAGACGCGACUGGAUAUAUCAUCCAACUUCCUACAAUAGCUGAUUUGUAAAUACACCUCAUUAUGCAAACGUU